AUGUUCAUUGAUGGAGCAUCAAACUCUAUUGGAGUUGGAAUAAGAGCAGGCUUAAUUUCGAAAACAGGUCAGUAUUACCCAAUCUCAGCUAAGAUUAGGUUCUACUGUACCAAUAACAUGGCAGAAUAUGAAGCUUGUAUUCUCAGACUCUGGAUGUUCAUCGACAUGAACAUUAAAGAACUCUUGGUGAUAGGAAAUUCCGACUUAUUGGUUCACCAGCCAUUUGCCGCUUGGGGCAUGGAUGUUAUCGGACCUAUAGAGCCUCCCGCAUCAAAUGGACAUCGUUUCAUUCUGGUAGCUAUCGAUUAUUUCACAAAAUGGGUCGAAGCUUCAACAUAUAAGGCAGUGACUAAGAAGGUAGUGGCAGACUUUGUUCGCAACAACAUAGUUUGUCGGUUUGGAAUUCCAGAAUCAAUCAUAACAGAUAAUGCGGCCAACCUCAACAACGAUCUUAUGAAGGAAACUUGUGAAAGGUUCAAGAUUGCUCAUCGAAGAUAUAUAAUUUACCGCCCACAGAUUAAUGGGGCAGUUGAGGCUGCAAAUAAGAAUAUCAAGAAGAUUUUAAGGAAAAUAGUGGACAGUCAUAGGCAAUGGCAUGAGAAACUACCAUAUGCUUUUCUCGGUUAUCGCACCAUAAUCAGAAUGUCAAAUAGGGCAACUCUUUGUAUAUUGGUUUAUGGUUCAGAGGCACUAAUACCUACCGAGGUGGAAAUACUAUCUUUAAGGAUUAUCCAAGAGGCUGGUCUGGACGAUGCAGAAUGGAUACGUAACACGCAUGAACAAUUGAUGCUCAUCGAUGAAAAGAGGAUUGACGCGAUUUUUCAUGGACAACUCUAUCAGAACAGAAUGACCAAAACAUUCAACAAGAAAGUCAAACCUUGA